AGCCCCCCUCUUCAAUAACCUCAAGGGCAUGGGGAAGAAUGGCCUAUUCCGUAUCCUAGGCGCUCCCGGCUCUCUCAGAAAGUCCAGACGUGACCGCUACGGCCGUCUCGCCCGCCACCUGGCCCUGCCCCCUACUGCCAGCAUGAAGGAGAUCCUUGACAAGAUGCUCUCCGCGUCCCAGCUACCUCCCAUUAACCCUAAAAUUGUCGAGACCGGCCCGGUAAAGGAGAACUCCCUUGAAGGCGAUGAAAUCGAUCUCACUGCGCUCCCAGUGCCAAUGGUGCACAAGUCCGACGGCGGUAAAUACUUACAAACAUACGGCAUGCAUGUCGUGCAGUCUCCCGAUGGGAAAUGGACGAAUUGGUCUAUCGCCCGUGCGAUGGUCAAAGACAAGAACCAUCUGACGGGUUUGGUUAUUGAGCCCCAGCAUAUUUGGCAAAUCCACCAAAUGUGGAAAAAGGAGGGCAAGGAUGUCCCAUGGGCACUAUGCUUCGGAGUUCCUCCUGCCGCUAUUAUGGCCUCCUCGAUGCCCAUCCCGGAUGGUGUUACUGAGGCUGGGUAUGUUGGUGCCAUGACAGGUCGCGCCCUGGAGCUCGUCAAGUGCGACACCAACCAUCUGCACAUCCCCGCUAAUGCGGAGAUUGUCCUCGAGGGUACCCUCUCCAUCACGGAAACCGCCGAUGAGGGCCCCUUCGGUGAAAUGCACGGUUACGUGUUCCCCGGAGAUAGCCACAAGUGCCCGGUUUACAAGGUCAACAAAAUCACCUACCGGACCGAUGCCAUCCUGCCCAUGUCCGCCUGCGGUCGUCUCACCGACGAAACCCAUACUAUGAUUGGCUCCUUGGCCGCCGCUGAGAUUCGCAAAAUCUGCCAGCUGGCCGGUCUCCCCAUCACCGACACCUUUUCUCCCUUCGAGGCGCAGGUUACCUGGGUGGCUCUCAAAGUCGACACCGCCAAGCUCCGUCAAAUGAAGUUAACCCCCAAAGAACUUCAAAAAUGGGUCGGAGAUGUGGUGUUUAACCACAAGGCCGGGUACACCAUCCACCGCUUGGUCCUGGUUGGCGAAGAUAUUGAUCCGUACGAGUGGAAAGAUGUCAUGUGGGCUUUCGCGACACGGUGUCGGCCCAAUGCAGAUGAAAUGUUCUUUGAAGACGUCCGUGGUUUCCCCCUUAUUCCUUACAUGGGUCACGGCACAGGUUCACCCACCAAGGGUGGUAAGGUUGUUUCAGACGCUCUGAUGCCCACAGAGUAUACCACCGGUGCUGAUUGGGAAGCUGCCGACUUUGAGCACUCCUAUCCAGAAGAGAUCAAGGCCAAGGUCAGGGCCAAGUGGGAGGCUUUGGGAUUCAGAAAACAGGAAUAGAUUAUGUGUACAUUAGAUUAUACAUAUAAACAGCAAAUUUGCUUAUUAGUAUGAUGAUUAAACGAUGAUAGUUUGUUUUCACGGAGAGCAACGCCAU